AUGAAGGCGCGCCUGCUUACUACAAUUGCUUUUGCAAUCCCAUGCCUUGCAUUCCCUACGCCGAAUGGUCAUGAAUUUCGUGCCCCGGGGCCUUUCGAUAGUCGUUCACCAUGCCCUGGCCUAAAUGCUCUGGCAAACCAUGGCUUUCUCCCACGCGAUGGCAAGAACCUUAAUUACGAUCAGAUCAACGAAGCUGCGCAAGCCGCAUACGGUUUCGAGCCUGGCAUCUACAAGAUGGCUGUCGACAUGGUAUUCCAGUUUAACAUCUCGACUACAAGUCAACCCAACGAAACUUUCAACCUUUUCGACCUAGCUAGGCACGACACGAUUGAAGCUGAUGGCUCUAUCACCCGCAACGACAUCUACUUUGGAGACGAUGUUCACUUUGAUGCUACUGUUUUCGCCCCUGUCGCGAAAGACCUUGGGUUAAAUAAUUACAACUCUUCUGAUCAACUGGUUACGGUAGAGACAGCCGCCAAAGCCACCGAGAACCGCUAUAACCUUGCAAUGAAAGUCAACCCAGAAUUCAACGCUUCUAUGCACCAGCAUGAUACCGAAUACGGGACUACAGCGCUCUAUCUUCUGACUGUAUGGGAUGAGGGUCAGAACGCUGCGCCCAAGCCAUGGGUCAAAGCACUGCUAGCGGAGGAUCGAAUUGCAUAUGCGGAGGGAUAUACGAAAGGGCAAAAGAUCAAGACUGGCGAGCAGCUUCAAAAUAUGACUACAGCUGUACGAGCUGUAGUUGGAUGGAAACCUUGAAGAGAGAAUUGGGACUCCUUGAUGCUUCUCGCCGAGUGACAGCUACUAGCUAGCAUGAAGAGACGUUGCCUGCUUUGGAAUAUCCACAAGACGUG